CAAAAAAAAGGAAAAAAAAAGUUACAAUCCUACUAGUCGCGCUCUCUCUCUCAUCAGCGAGUACCUCACGGAUCGGAUCUUGGCUUCAUGUGUGUCGUACUCACUCCUCCCGAUCACUUCGCUUCGACGACCCGGUCUGAUCGGUUCACAAGCACAUACUCAAAUUUCAAGAAUCAUUAGGGUUUUCGUUAAUCAAUCUUCACACUCACAUGAAGUCAUGUGCAGAGAAUUCUUUUCAAUUGAGGAAUUAUACUUUUUGAUCCAAAGAUCGAUCACUUUGAAGAUAUCAGUCUCAGGCGUCAAUGGCAGCCUCACCUGUCAAGUUCCUCUUUGUUUUUUUGUUGCUCUCCAUCAUGUUAUGGUUACUCUUCGUAUUUGCUUCCAGGUUAGUGGCUUGGAUUUUAAGUCGUCUAGUGGGUGCAUCUGUUGCAUUUCGUGUUGGUGGAUGGAAAUGCCUAAGGGAUGUGGUGGUGAACUUCAAAAAGGGUGCUGUUGAGUCUAUAAGUAUAGGUGAAGUUAAACUAAGCUUACGGCAGUCAUUGGUCAAACUUGGGGUUGGUUUCAUUUCCAGGGAUCCCAAGCUGCAGGUAGUAAUAUGUGACAUAGAAGUUGUACUCAGACCUUCAAAGAAAAGCACACAGAAGUCUAAAACACGCAGACCCCGCACUUCAGGCCGAGGAAAGUGGAUGGUUGUGGCUAAUAUAGCAAGAUUUUUGUCAGUUUCUGUUACAGAUUUGGUUGUUAAGACACGAAAAGCUACUGUUGAAAUUAAAGAACUGAAAGUAGAUAUAUCUAAAGAUGUUGGAUCGAAGCCUGAUCUUCUUGUUAAGCUACAUAUAACUCCCAUUUUUGUUCACAUUGGCGAACCACGAGUCAGUUCUGAACAUUCAUCCUCCUUUAAUAGUGGAGGAUGUAUCUCUUCAGGCCAAACGUCCUGUGCUAUGAUUGAAAGUUCUGCUGCUGCUUUUAAUUGUGAAGAAUUUUCCCUCUGUUGUGAAUUUGGGCAUGACAGGGAAGUUGGUGUGAUUAUCCAGGAUGUGGACAUGACUAGUGGAGAGGUUACUGUUACCUUGAAUGAGGAGAUGUUUGCAAAGAAGACUCCAUCAGAUGCUUUUUCUCAUGCAGAUAAAGUCAUGGGGUUACCUCCUGAUUUCGUGGCUGCUAAGGAGUCAAACAAGAAGCAAGCAGGGCUUGUUGCUCUUUCUAAGCAUUCUUCUUUAAUGCCAGAAAAGGUUUCAUUCAAUUUGCCAAAACUGGAUGUGAGGUUUGUACAUCGAGAACAUAACCUCGUUGUGGAAAACAACAUCAUGGGCAUUCAGUUGAAAAGCAUCAAAUCACGGUCCAUGGAAGACAUGGGAGACAAUACCCGUCUUGAUGUUCAAAUAGAUUUCAGUGAGAUACAUCUUCUUAGAGAAGUUGGCACUUCUGUUUUGGAGAUUCUGAAAGUCAAUGCUGUUUUCUCUGUCUAUAUCCCAAUCCAGCCGACUUCGCCUAUUAGAGCUGAAAUUGAUGUUAAGCUGGGAGGUACUAAGUGCAACAUUAUAACGAGCAGAUUAAAGCCCUGGUUGCAUCUUCAUUCUUUGAAAAAGAAAAAAAUGGUGCUCCGAAAUGAAACUCGAACUCCUGAAUGGCAACCGUCAACUGAAUUUAAAGCCAUCAUGUGGACAUGCACUAUCUCAGCUCCUGAGAUGACUAUUGUGCUUUACAGUAUCAGUGGUUUGCCUCUGUAUCAUGGCUGCUCGCAAUCGUCACAUGUGUUUGCAAAUAACAUCUCAAGUACUGGAACUACAGUUCAUAUGGAACUUGGUGAACUAAAUGUGGACAUGGCAGAUGAAUAUCAAGAAUCGUUGCAAGAAAGUGUUUUUGGUGUAGAAUCAAAUUCAGGUUCCUUAUUAAAUAUAGCAAAAGUUAGCCUAGACUGGGGCAAAAAAGACACUGACUUGUCCAAAGACAGUAGUGCCAGACGUAAAUCGGUUCUCUCUGUUGAUGUGACUGGUAUGGGUGUUUAUUUUACCUUCAAGCGCGUUGAGUCAUUGAUAAUAACUGCUAUGUCCUUUCAAGCUCUUUUGAAAAGUCUAUCCGCUUCUAGUAAACGAACUUCACAUGGCCAGGGAGGGCGUUCAUCUAAGUCAUCAGGGAAUGGAACACAGCUCAUAAAAGUUAAUCUUGAACGAUGUUCUGUUAACUUUUGUGGAGACACAGGAUUGGACGACACUGUAGUUGCCGAUCCCAAGCGUGUGAAUUAUGGAUCACAGGGUGGUCGAGUUGUAAUUGACGUCUCAGCUGAUGGCACUCCUCGUAGUGCAAAUAUAAUGCCUUCAAAUUCUGAUGAAAGCAAAAGAUUAAAGUAUUCUGUUGCUCUUGACAUCUUCCAUUUCAACUUAUGUGUGAACAAGGAGAAAAAUUCCACACAAAUGGAACUUGAGAGAGCCAGAUCUGUCUAUCAGGAAUAUUUGGAAGAACGUAGGCCUGUAACAAAAUUAACAUUGCUUGAUAUGCAGAACGCAAAAUUUGUACGGCGUUCUGGUGGCCUUAAAGAGAUAGCUGUUUGCUCUCUUUUCAGUGCCACCGAUAUUACAGUAAGGUGGGAGCCUGAUGUACAUCUCUCGCUGAUUGAACUUGUUCUACAAUUGAAGGUAAUGAUACACAAUCAGAAGCUUCAUGGACACAACAAUAUAUUUAUGGGGGAUGUAUCUAGUACGAUAGAUACUGAAGAAAAGAAAGAAGCAACUUUAGAACCUGGACAUUUUGAUAUGCAAAAGAAAAAAGAAACAAUUUUUGCUGUUGAUGUGGAAAUACUGAAUAUAUCAGCUGAAGUUGGGGACGGGGUUGAGGUAAUGGUGCAGGUUCAGUCAAUUUUCUCUGAGAAUGCCCGUAUAGGAGUACUUCUUGAAGGACUUAUGCUUAGUUUCAACGGUUCCAGAAUAUUCAAAAGCAGCAGGAUGCAAAUUUCCCGCAUUCCUAAUGCUUCUCCUGUUUCAUCUGAUUCAAAAUCACCGUCAGCUAUCACAUGGGAUUGGGUGAUUCAAGGGCUUGAUGUUCAUAUAUGUAUGCCAUACAGGUUGGAGUUGCGUGCUAUUGAUGAUUCUGUCGAGGACAUGUUGCGAGGUUUGAAGCUCAUAACUACUGCUAAGACUAAUCUUAUACUACCCAUAAAGAAAGAGAGCUUGAAACCUAGGAGAUCUAGCUCAACGAAAUUUGGAUGUGUAAAAUUUUGUUUACGGAAGCUCAGCUUUGAUAUUGAGGAAGAACCGAUCCAGGGUUGGCUGGAUGAACACUAUCAGCUGAUGAAGAAUGAGGCCAGUGAGCUAGCUGUUAGGAUGAACUUUCUUGAUGAGUUAAUUUCCAAAAGCAAUCAGUGUCUGAAAGAUACUGAGACAAAUGACUCAGCCUGUGAAAAAAAGAUCAAAUUUAAUGGAGUUGAGAUUGAUAUACAAGAUCCUUCGGCUAUCCAUAAAAUGCGAGAAGAAAUAUAUAAACAGUCUUUCAAAUCCUAUUACCAGGCAUGCCAGAAACUUGAGCCAUCAGAAGGUUCAGGUGCAUGUAGGGAAGGGUUUCAGGCUGGAUUUAAACCUAGCCCUGGCAGAACGUCUCUUCUUUCUGUUUUAGCUACAGAGUUGGAAGUGACCUUGACAAAGAUUGAUGGUGGAGAGGCUGGAAUGAUAGAGAUUCUAAGGAAGCUUGAUCCUAUAUGUCUUGAACACAAUAUACCAUUCUCUAGACUAUACGGUAGCAAUAUUUUCUUGCAGACUGGCACCCUGGCUGUUCAGUUAAGAAAUUACACAUUUCCUCUUUUUUCUGCUACUUCUGGCAAUUGUGAAGGCCGCAUUGUAUUAGCACAGCAGGCUACGGCUUUUCAGCCACAAAUAUACCAGGAUGUCUUUGUUGGCAGAUGGAGAAAGGUGCGAAUGCUUCGUUCAGCCAGUGGUACGACUCCACCAAUUAAAACAUACUCAGAUUUGCCUAUACAUUUUCAGAGAGCAGAAAUAUCUUUUGGAGUGGGAUAUGAACCAUCUUUUGCUGAUAUAAGCUAUGCCUUUACUGUAGCCCUUCGUAGGGCUAAUCUUAGUGUCAGGAACUCUGCCCCACUGGUACAGCCACCUAAAAAGGAACGUAGUUUGCCAUGGUGGGAUGAAAUGAGAAAUUAUAUUCAUGGAAAUAUCAGCUUAUUAUUUUCUGAAUCUAGAUGGACUGUUCUUGCAACUACUGAUCCAUAUGAAAAGCUUGACAAACUUCAAAUGUUAUCUGGUUCCAUGAAAAUCCAGCAGUCUGAUGGUCAUGUUUAUGUUUCUGCAAAAGAUUUUAAGAUUUUAACAACCAGUUUGGAGAGUUUGGCAAAUCGUCGUGGUUUGAAACUUCCUUCAGGUGUAUCCGGCGCUUUCAUAGAUGCACCAGUGUUUACUCUGGAAGUUACGAUGGAUUGGGAAUGUGAUUCUGGCAGUCCCCUAAACCAUUAUUUAUUUGCACUUCCUGUUGAAGGAAAGCCUCGUGAAAAAGUUUUUGACCCUUUCAGAUCGACAUCUCUAUCCCUCCGAUGGAACUUUUCUCUUAGACCCUCUCUUCCCUCAAGUGAGAAUCAAUCUGCAUCGUCCUUAGUGGGAGAUAGCACUGUUGUAGGUACAACUGUUUAUGAUCCGCCUUUUAAGUCUGACAAUGUUUCAGUUGCUUCACCAAUGUUGAAUUUUGGAGCUCAUGAUUUAGCUUGGUUGCUUAAAUUUUGGAACAUGAAUUAUCUACCGCCCCACAAAUUGCGUACCUUCUCUCGUUGGACUCGUUAUGGAGUCCCAAGAGUUGCUAGAUCAGGCAAUUUGUCAAUGGACAGGGUGAUGACAGAAUUUAUGUUCCGCAUUGAUGCUACACCUAGUUGUAUAAAGUACAUGCCAUUAUAUGAUGAUGAUGCAGCCAAAGGACUGACAUUUAAUAUGUCAAAGCUGAAAUACGAACUUUGUUUUAGCAGGGGAAAGCAAAAGUACACCUUUGAGUGCAAGCGUGAUACUCUUGAUCUUGUUUACCAGGGUCUUGACCUGCAUGUGCCCAAGGUUUUCUUAAAUAAGGAGGACUGCACUAGUGUUGCUAAAGUAGUACAAACGACAAAGAAAAUUUCCCAAGCUGUAUCCAUGGAUAGGGUUCCAAGUGAUAAGGGCAAUUCUAUGGGUGGUUGCACAGAGAAGCAUCGUGAUGAUGGAUUUUUUUUGUCAUCAGAUUAUUUCACUAUCAGAAGACAGGCCCCAAAGGCUGACCCUGCAAGGUUAUUGGCAUGGCAAGAGGCUGGAAGAAGAAAUCUUGAAAUGACAUAUGUGAGGUCUGAGUUCGAAAAUGGGAGCGAGAGUGAUGAACACACUCGUUCUGAUCCAAGUGAUGAUGAUGGAUAUAAUGUUGUAAUUGCUGACAAUUGUCAACGCAUUUUUGUUUAUGGCCUUAAGCUUUUAUGGACAAUUGAGAACAGGGAUGCUGUUUGGUCCUGCGUUGGUGGAAUAUCCAAAGCAUUUGAACCUCCAAAGCCUUCUCCUUCUCGGCAGUAUGCACAGAGGAAGUUGCUUGAGGAGAAUCAGCCACAUGCUGGAGCGGAGGUGCUUCAGAAUGAUAUCCCGGAGCCUCCUUCCACCAACCAUGGUGUUGAUGUCCUUUCACAGAAUGUGGAGUCAUCAGAAUCUCUUUCACCUCCUUCACACCCUGUCAAUGUAGAGAAUGCAUCAUCUGCUGCUGUUGCAGCGAAAGAUGGAAACACAAAUGAUUCUGAGGAGGAAGAGGAGGGGACUCGACACUUUAUGGUGAAUGUUAUUGAGCCACAAUUUAAUCUCCACUCAGAAGAAGCCAAUGGAAGAUUUCUGCUUGCUGCUGUUAGCGGACGUGUAUUGGCCCGUUCAUUUCAUUCCAUCCUUCAUGUGGGCUAUGAGAUGAUCGAACAAGCACUCGGUACUAAUAAUAUCCAUAUUCCUGAAUCUGCCCCUGAAAUGACAUGGAAGCGCAUGGAGCUCUCUGUAAUGUUGGAGCAUGUUCAAGCUCAUGUUGCACCUACUGAUGUUGAUCCAGGGGCUGGACUGCAAUGGCUUCCAAAAAUCCGUAGAAGCUCUCCGAAAGUAAAGCGUACCGGUGCUCUACUUGAAAGGGUGUUUAUGCCUUGUGACAUGUACUUUCGUUAUACAAGGCACAAAGGUGGAACUCCAGACUUGAAGGUGAAGCCCUUGAAAGAACUUACGUUCAAUUCCCAUAACAUAACAGCGACAAUGACGUCUCGCCAGUUUCAGGUUAUGCUGGAUGUGUUGACCAAUCUUCUCUUUGCAAGACUUCCCAAGCCUCGGAAGAAUUUAUUGUCAUAUCCUGCUGAAGAUGAUGAAGAAGUUGAAGAGGAGGCGGAUGAGGUGGUUCCUGAUGGGGUCGAAGAGGUGGAGCUUGCUAAAAUUGACCUUGAACAUAAAGAGAGAGAACAGAAGUUGCUUCUUGAUGACAUCAGGAAAUUGUCCCUUCAAUGUGAUGCUGUGGGAGAUCUAUACUCUGAAAGAGAAGGAGAUUUGUGGAUGAUAAGUGGUGGCAUAUCCACACUGGUGCAAGGACUGAAGAAAGAGCUUGCAAAUGCAAAAAAGUCUAGGAAGGAGGCAUCAGUUUCAUUAAGGAUGGCCCUACAGAAGGCUGCUCAGCAACGACUGAUGGAGAAGGAGAAGAAUAAAAGUCCUUCUUAUGCCAUGCGUAUAUCUUUGCAAAUUAACAAGGUUGUUUGGAGUAUGCUUGUAGAUGGCAAAUCUUUUGCCGAGGCUGAGAUAAAUGACAUGAUAUAUGAUUUUGACCGGGACUACAAAGACAUUGGUGUCUCACAAUUUACGACAAAAUACUUCGUUGUAAGAAACUGCCAACCUAAGGCCAAGUCGGAUAUGCUUUUAUCAGCGUGGGAUCCUCCGGCAGAGUGGGGAAAAAAAUUCAUGCUGCGAGUAGAUGCAAAGCAGGGAGCCCCAAAGGAUGGAAACUCUCAUCUUGAACUUUUCCAGGUAGAGAUUUACCCUCUUAAGAUCCAUUUGACAGAGGCAAUGUACAGAAUGAUGUGGGAAUACUUCUUCCCUGAAGAAGAGCAAGAUUCACAACGACGGCAGGAAGUUUGGAAAGUUUCAACAGCCGGCUUAAGACGAGUUAAGAAAGGUUCAUCAGUCCAUGAAGCUUCUGCAUCAACCAGUCAUCCAGCAAAAGAGUCUGAGGUCCAAUCGAAAUCAAGUGCCUCUGUAGUACCCUCAGCCAAUGUUAAUGCUGAUUCUACCCAAGCAUCAAAGUUGCAAAACGUGAAGGGAAAUACCAUAUGCAGUUCAGUUCCAGAAUUAAGAAGAACAUCCUCUUUCGACAGAACAUGGGAAGAGACCGUGGCAGAAUCUGUCGCCAAUGAACUUGUGUUGCAGGCUCAUUCAUCCAGCGUUUGUUCCUCAAAAGUUGGGGCACUUGGUUCUAUUGAGCAACCAGAUGAUUCCAGUAAGAGCAAAUUGAAAGACUCCAAAACUGCCAAGUCUGGUCGAUCAUCUCAUGAAGAAAAGAAAGCCGGGAAGUCACAUGAAGAGAAGAGAUCUCGGCCUCGAAAAGUAAUGGAAUUUCACAAUAUUAAGAUAAGUCAGGUCAAGCUGCUGGUUACGUAUGAAGGAUCAAGAUUUGUUGUCAAUGAUCUUAAGUUGUUGAUGGAUACAUUUCAAUGUGUUGAGUUUACUGGGACUUGGAGGAGACUUUUUUCUCGAGUCAAGAAGCAUAUCAUAUGGGGAGUCCUAAAGUCUGUGACAGGAAUGCAGGGUAAGAAAUUCAAAGACAAAGUGCAUAGUCAAAGGGAUCCUACUGGAAGUGGCGUCCCUGAUAGCGACCUCAACCUCAGUGACAACGAAGGAGGUCUGGUGGGGAAAUCUGAUCAGCAUCCGAUUACUUGGCUCAAGCGCCCAAGUGAUGGAGCAGGUGAUGGAUUUGUCACUUCCAUCAGGGGCCUGUUCAAUACUCAACGUCGCAAGGCCAAGGCUUUUGUGCUGCGAACUAUGAGAGGUGAAGCAGAAAAUGACUAUCAUGGUGAUUGGAGUGAAAGUGAUGUGGAAUUUUCUCCUUUUGCUAGGCAGCUCACUAUCACAAAAGCUAAGAGGCUCAUCAGGCGGCACACAAAAAAAUUCCGUUCAAGAGGACAGAAAGGUUCAUCGUCCCAACAAAGAGAGUCACUUCCAUCCUCUCCUAGAGAGACAACUCCAUACGAGAGUGAUUCUUCAGGUGAAUUGUCUCCUUUCGAGGAUUUUCAUGAGUAGGAAUCUGACACCUGAAAGCUAUUCUUCAGAGGCUUUCAAAUGUGGCACUCAAUAGCCUUGUGUUUGUACCUACUUUGUUCCACGGGAUCUGUUGGGAAUUCAUAAGAUUGUAAUUGCUCGAGCUUGAUGAUGAAAUCUUGCAAGAUUCAAGAUGUUGCAAGGCUAUACCUCUAACAGAGAUUUUGAAGGAAUGCCUUUGAAGCUAUGGCUAUAAGAUCGUAAUUGCUCGAGCUUGAUGAUGAAAUCUUGCAAGAUUCAAGAUGUUUCAAGCCUAUACCUCUAACAGAGAUUUUGAGGGAAUGCCUUUGAAGCGAUGCCUAUAAGAUCGUAAUUCCUCGAGCUUGAUGAUGAAAUCUUGUAAGAUUCAAGAUGUUGCAAGGCUAUACCUCUAACAGAGAUUUUGAAGGAAUGCCUAUGAAGCUAUGGAUUGAAACAUCAUGCCUUCCAAUAAUUGGUAGUGAGAGAGCCCAUCAGAGGUGCUAAUUAUUUAUGCUCUUUCGAUUUCAUUUAUGGCUAUAUUGUAAUUAAUUGAAUACGAAAAAUGCUGGAAUGCCAUACGACAUUCCAGGAAUUUUGUACAUAGAAAUAUAGAAUAUCUUAUUGAAAACGAAUAAGGAGGGAAGAUAAGAGUCUCUCUCUCUUCCUCA